AUCAUUAUCAUUAUUCAUUGUACAAUCACGUCACCUUUUUCAUUCAUUAAGUCAUAAUCAGAAUGGCUGAGAUUCAUGGAGCUAGUGGGACUAUCGUAAGAGUCAGAAAUCAUUCACGGAAGAAUGAACAGGAAAAAGAGACGUACUUGCCAUUCAACGCAACAAUGUUACACCUAAAAGACGUUAUGGGAGUUAGUCACAAAACGGACAUCUUCUUGUCUUCCAUAGUAAAUGGGAGAGAGUUCUUUUUGACGGGUGAUGCCUCUCUUCAAGGCUUCCUGCUGAUGAGCCAUUUCGGCGAAGGACUAAUCAGCCCCAAUUUGAAGUUAAGAUACAAGAGGAAGCCCAAAACGAAUGAGCAAGGUGUUGAGACUGAGAGGAGUGCAGAAGCGGAAGGGAAUCUGAUUGUGGAGGCAGAUGUUGAGAUGGACGCUGACGACAGUACAAUAGAUAAUGUGCUCCGGAAUUUGCCAAGCGAAUCUGACAUCAGCUUCCCAUCAGACGUGUUCGAUAGUAUUGAUCCCAUACAGGACAGUGCAAUAGAGGAAAUGCUGGGUAGUUUGAUUGUGGAUUCAGAUGUUGAGAUGGAGGCUGACGGUGAGGACAAAUCAAUAGUUUUGCACGCCUAUACAGUAUACAUGACCUGCACAUAUAUCCUCCGUUAUUGAACGGCUUGCGUCAAGGCGUAACAGAUUUGCUGGGCACUGCAUGAGAGCUUCUGACCAAGUUAUCUCCUCUAUCCUCCCCUGGCGACUUACCCAGUCCGGCCGUGGAACUGUGGAAGGAGACCACUUACCUUCCUGGACGUAGUAGCUCGUGACACUGGGCUCCAGUUGGACGACCUUCGAACUGUUAUGUGCGAUCAAGACGUGUGGAGGCAGACAGUGAAUGGGAGUUCGAUCGAGGAUCGCCGAAAGUAAGUAAGUUGUUCAAUCCCCCAGUACCUUUAUUAUUAUAAUUACCCUCCUAGGCUCCUACAUCCUACCCGUUUUUGAUGCUGUAAUCUUCCCGUCCCCAACUUGUCACUAUAUGGUGCUGUCACUAUAUAGUGCGUUUUUUACACUAUAUGGUGACAAAGAUCAGCUGUCAUUAUAAAGUGCUUGUCACUAUAUAGUGUUGUCACUAUAUAGUGCGAUUACCCCCAAAACCGCUAAUUCCCUCUUUUCAUAGUUUCAGGACCGUUCUAAUACAUACUCCUAUACCUGAAUUGACGAGUAAUCCAGUACAGUAGGAAAGUUAACUUUGUAGCUUUUCAGAAAGUUAACUUUGUAGCUUUUUAGAAAGUUCGGAGUAAUCACUCAGGUAUAGUAUCUCACAACGAAGCCCAAUCUACAUCCAAAAUAAAUGAAGUUAUAAGCAAUAAAUAGGCAGUUAUUGCUCAAUUGAGCUGAAGUUAAGUGUGUUUAUUUCUCCACGGGCUAGUCCAUCGGAGCUUUCCCAAGGUAGGUUUUAACCAAUCUCAUUUCUUGACUGUUUUGUAUCCUUUAAUCAGAUAAGGGAGGGGAAAGUGAUGUCCACUAUAACAUCAUGGCCCCCAUUAUACAGUCCUACCUGUGAAGCUAUGAUCUGGGAUAUUCACCUCAUUAGCAGGUACAAUCUA